GAAGAAUUUGGACCAAUCCUCCUGUGAUCCUGAUUCCAUGACCAUUGACAACUUCCUGGAGGGCAAAAUCCGGACUUGUGAGGAUGAAGAUGACGCUCCAGGUGACCGGCAGGCCACGGAGGAGAAGGCGAUCACCUGGCGGAUUUUCACGCCUGAGCAG